AUGCCAGCCUACCUGAGCCCUAUCUCCACUACCACCACCAGCACCACUGUCGUCCCCACUGUGGCCGCCAUCACCAACAGCAUUGCCAUCCCCACUCCCACCACGACCCUAACUGCCAUCCCCACCACCACUAGCACCACCACCACUGUCACCACCAUCCCCACCACCAACACUGCCAUUCCCACCACCAUCACCACCAUCACCACCAUCCCCAUGACCAUCCCCACUACCACCAUCGACACUACCCCAUCACCACCAUCACCACUACCAUCACCACCAUCCCCACCACCAACACUGCCAUCCCCACCAUCACCAUCCCCACUACCACCAUCAACAUUACCCUAUCACCACCAUCACCACUGCCACCACUGCCAUCUCUACUCUGCCACCAUAACUGCCAUCUCCACCACCAUCACCACAAUCACCACCAUCCCCAUGACCAUCCCCAUCACCACCAUCACCACUACUAUCACUGCCAUCCCCACCACCAUCACCAGCACCACCACCAGGAACAGCACCAACAGCAUGUUCACCUCCACCACUGCCAUCAGAACCACUCUCACUUUCACCAUACCCACCACCAUUACUGCCCCCAUCACAGCCGCCACCAUCACUGCUCCAGCCCCUGACCAGAAGGUUCUCAAAGAGACAGUGACCUCAGCCACGGCCCUGAGCUCUGCCUGUCCCAGCCAUGCGGUGGGCACCCGCCAGGCGGAGCGGGCCCCAGGGGCCGUCCUGAAGCAGGGGCGAGGUGGGAGGAGGCCACCAGGCCCCACAGGGGGCACAAUGGACAAAUUCCGGAUGAUCUUCCAGUUUCUGCAGUCCAACCAGGAGUCCUUCAUGAAUGGCAUCUGCGGCAUCAUGGCCCUGGCCAGCGCCCAGAUGUACUCCGCCUUCGAUUUCAGCUGCCCCUGCCUGCCGGGCUACAAUGCGGCCUACAGCGCGGGCAUCCUGCUGGCGCCCCCCCUUGUGCUCUUCCUGCUCGGCCUGGUGGUGAACAACAACGUGUCCAUGCUGGCCGAGGAGUGGAAGCGGCCCCCGGGCCGCCGGACCAAGGACCCCGCCGUGCUGCGGUACAUGCUCUGCUCCAUGGUCCAGCGCGCCCUCAUCGCGCCCAUCGUCUGGGUGGCCGUCACGCUGCUGGAUGGCAAAUGCUUCCUCUGCGCCUUCUGCACUGCUGUGCCUGUGACGGUGCUGGGCAACGGCAGCCUGGCCCCUGGUCUCUCUGCGCCCGAGCUCGCCCGCCUGCUGGCCCGGGUGCCCUGCCCUGACGUCUAUGAUGGCGACUGGUUGCUGGCCCGCGAUGUGGCCGUGCGUUACCUGCGCUGCAUCUCCCAGGCCCUGGGCUGGUCCUUUGUGCUGCUGACCACACUGCUGGCAUUCGUCGUGCGCUCUGUGCGGCCCUGCUUCACCCAGGCCGCCUUCCUCCAAAGCAAGUACUGGGCCCACUAUAUCAACAUCGAGCGCAAGCUCUUCGAUGAGACGUGCACGGAGCACGCCAAGGCCUUCGCCAAGGUCUGCAUCCAGCAGUUCUUCGAGGCCAUGAACCACGACCUGGAGCUGGGUCAUGCCCACGGGGCAGCGGCCACGGCCCCUGCUGGCUCGGCUGCCCCCGCAACCACGGACGGGGCUGAGGAGGAGAGGGAGAAGCUGCGAGGCAUCACGGACCAAGGCACCAUGAACAGGCUGCUGGCGAGCUGGCACAAAUGCAAGCCGCCCUUGCGGCUGGGCCAGGAGGAGCCCCUGCUGGGCAACGGCUGGGCGGGGGGCGGGCCCCGGGCUCCACGCAAGGAGGUGGCCACCUACUUCAGCAGAGUGUGA